ACUGUUCUGUUUGCUGACCUGGAUUUACAAUUUCUGGACUUCACAGUAACGAAGAUGACUCUGGAAGAACUGGUGGACUGCAGCUCUAACACUGAUGUGGAGAGUGUGUCUGAGGCUCUGGAGGAGUUGCUGGUGGCGGCACGAGAGCAGGACUGCCUCACCAUGGGAGUGUAUGAGAGCGCCAAACUCAUGAAUGCAGACCCAGACAGUGUGGUGCUGUGUGUGUUGGCAUGUGAUGAAGAGGAUGGGUGUGAUGUAGCCAUGCAGAUCCACUUCACCCUGAUCCGGGCGUUCUGCUGUGAGGCCAGAGUGGACCUGCUCAGAGUGUCUGGCAUGAGAAGACUACGGAACGUUCUGGGAGAACCCGGAGAGAGGGACCUGCACUGCAUCCUGGUUACGAGCCCGCAGGCCGAGCACAUGGAACUGGGAGCAGUUGGUAGGUUCUGCGAAGAGAGUCGCACAAAGAACCAGUGGCUUCCCUGUGUCACCCUGACUGAUCGCUGACUGGACCAGAUGCUGGAGAGAGAGAGAGAAUGAGAGAGAUGAACACACACCAAAGACUGGGAUUGUUCUGUGAUUAUGAAGGACAUUGCUGUGCAUGUUAGCACAACACUCCAGACUUCUGGACCCCUAGCAUAAUAUAUGAGGGAUAUGGGGGUGAACAACACUCCAGACACUCCAGUUGGUGGCCUUGGAAAGGUUUCGGAGUGAUGGAGGUAGACGAGCUGUCCCCUACAUCAAGAGAGCAAGUGGGGGUGAACUGGACCCUCAGGCUGAUACACUUGGUAGUGCACCGAAAGGGGCUGGUCAGUUCUGAACUUUGAGUGACAGCAAGGUGGAAACUCUAAUUUAUUUGCUUAUUUAUAAUCUGAUGCAGAUUUUAUUCUUAAUAUGAAAAUAAAUUUAUAAAUACUGAUUUAG